AAAUACUAAAUCAUCAUAUAACAAAAUUCAAUUAUAAUUCACACGGUCUUACAUGCGUUUAAUAUAGACACAAGCCAAUACGGCUAGAGAUUUCCCUACUACCCCCUCACACAUAAUUGCACAUUUGCACCAAGUUAAAAUCGGCAACUCCAUGAUACUACCUGCCAAACCAUUGAAAAUGAAUUAUCACUCUCUAAAUCAAUACUCAAGUAGAAUCUACCCCAUUAGAUAUUACCCCCUUUUUAAUUUCUGGAAUUCCAGGCAUAUCAAAACCGAGUAGGCUUCAAGCAUCUCGUUCCCCCUCGCCCGUUGUUGGGCUUUGGGCUUUUGACUCACUUGUUCUCCCAACACUCGGGCUCUCUUUCCCUUUAACUAUUGUCUUCAACAUUUUUUCUGUAAAUCUGUAAUCGAUCACAAUUCACAAUGGUACAACCUCAGAUCAACAAUGGCGACGCAGCCAAUUUUUCCCGCACAUUCAAGUAUCUCAUGGCGACGCAAUUUUUGUCAAGGGGCAUACCUUUUAUCUUCAAUACCUGGAUAAUUCGGCACCUUACUGCAACCGAUUAUGCUCUUUAUGCAGUGCAAUUUCAUCUGUUUGUUACUUGCAUACUGUUUGUCAGUCGAGAAGGAUUCAGGCGAGCAUGUAUGCGGGCAGAAAUUAAGAGUGAUGAUGCUUCAGCGAGUGAAUAUGCAUCAAAGAUAUUGAAAGUAGCCUGGCUGUCUCUUCCACUUGGAGUAAUAAUUACAGUGACAGCAUGUGCAUUUGUCUUCUGGUGGCAACAUUUGAGCUAUUCCAGCCCUUAUGGGCAGGCUAUAUUAUUGAAUGGCUUUGCGUGCUUAUUGGAGCUUUUAGCAGAACCAUUUUACAUUCUUGCUCAGUAUAUGUUUUGUCUCAAAUUGCGAAUGUUGGUUGAAAGUGCUGCAACACUUUCUCGGUGUAUAACAACAUAUGCCCUUAUAGUUGGAAGCAGUGGCAUGGAAAAGGCAAUUAUGUUUGCUUUAUCACAAGUUUCAUAUGGGGGUUGCGUGUUUCUAGGUUAUUGGGGCUACUUUGUCUUUUAUCAUAAAUUGCAAGGUUCAAAGCUGUUUCCUUUCAGAAUAGGUGCUAUGAUGAGCUAUGACAAGCCGCUAUUGAAGAUGUGUACAGUGUUUACUCUUCAGUCGGUUCAAAAACUGAUUCUUCAAGAAGGAGAAAAGAUGGUACUUGUGUGGUUUGACACUCCAUAUAAUCAAGCUGUAUAUGGACUAAUUGAUAAAUUAGGUAGUUUGGUGGUGAGAAUGGUAUUUCUUCCUUUUGAAGAAAGCUCAUAUGCCAUAUUUGCAAGGUCUGCUUCAGAAGAUUCUAAAGAUAGAAGGAAGGAUCUAGGACGCCGCCUCACGGAAGCCCUAAAGCUUGUAAUGCUUAUUGGUCUUAUUUUUAUGGCUUUUGGACCAAGCUACUCUUAUUCUCUCUUGAGAUUGUUGUAUGGACAAAAAUGGAGCGACGGAGAAGCUUCAACUGCUCUCAGAUACUACUGCUUGUACAUUAUAGUUCUGGCAAUGAAUGGAACAUCAGAAGCUUUUCUGCAUGCUGUUGCUGAUGAGAACCAACUGAAGCGCUCUAACAAGUCACUGGUUGUGUUCUCACUGAUCUAUGUUAUUCUGAAUAUCUUGCUAGUACGAUCAGCUGGUGCACUUGGCUUAAUCUUUGCAAAUGCCACAAAUAUGGCACUGCGGAUAGCAUAUUCUGCUGUAUUUAUCAAGCAGUACUUCCAGGGCUCAUCGUCAUUUUCAUUUCGUAGCUGUUUGCCUUCUGGUUGGAUAGUGCUUCUAUUAUCUUCAGCGGUUACUCUGUUAUCUGAGAAGAUAUUUCUGGACAGGGAUAACUUCUUGACUACAUUUUUGCGCCACUUUUCUGUCGGGCUAACUUGUUUCUGUGUUUCAGCUUUUGUCAUAUAUCACAGGGAACGGGACUUUAUUAACAAAUUGAUCCACAUACGCCGUCAUGCUGACUAGAUAGUACCAGCAUUUUCUCCUGUGAUAAGUGUUUUGGGAUGGAUGCGAGAGAAUGGAGUGCCUUUUGAGCUUGUUCAACUCUUGCAAAUUGUUGACCGGUAUCUACAAGGAGCUUUAUCAACCAAUUGGGAGAUUCUUGUCCGGAGUUCAACUAAUUGGCAGUUUCUUGUCCAGGUUCUCUCUCUUUCUCUCUGUGAUCCAUCUUCUGAACUUUGGGGAAUUGCAUUGGGUGGCCUUCAGCUAGUGUUACUACUUGUUUACAGCUUUUCCUGCACAGCUCUUGUGGUGGUGGAAAAUCUUGUUGCCAUUGCAUAAUCUUAGCAAUGGUUGGUUGGUCCGAGAACAUGAACUUGCUGUCGGAGAAGAUUAGGUGGAGCUGAUUAAUCCAUUUUCAUCUAUACAAAGGAUCUCUUGCAUGAAGUUGUAGCAAAGAACUGAUAGUGUUCUUCUGGAAUUGUACUAUAUUAUAUCAUAAAAUCUCAUGCUGAACGACACUGUACAAGUUCAAUAUAGACGAGUUCUUGCAGUAUAAACUACUAUAGAUACGUUAAUGGUUUUUUGUAUACUUUGAGCUAGCUACAUAAUUCAACGGUAGAAAUUCAGUGAUUGAUAUUGCUCUCGAAGAUCUUUACCAUAGUAUUGAAACUGUUUUUUCUAGUA